ACCAGGAACAAACAAAGGAGAAAAUACUCAUUGUGGAAGUAAAGCAAAUAGACAAUCACACUUUACUCAAAAUCGACAAGAACAAUGUUCGGUGAAUGAUAUUAAAAAGUUGGAGACAAGGGACGAUAAAGAAAGACAAAGUAUUGAAAAAAUGGCAAAAAUAAAUGGUGGUACAUUUUCGAUAGGAACAAACAAUCCAAUUUUUGUAGCGGAUGGUGAAGGACCAAAAAGAGAAGUUGUUCUGGAUGAUUUCUACAUAGAUAAAUUUGAAGUUAGUAAUCAAGAUUUCUCUGAGUUUGUGAGUUUAACUGGAUAUAAAACAGAAGCAGAAAAAUUUGGAGAUUCUUUCGUUUUUGAAGGUCUUUUAGAAGAAAAUGUUAAGAGGGAAAUAAAAGAAGCAGUGGCUCAAGCACCAUGGUGGCUACCUGUGAAAGGUGCUACAUGGCAACAUCCUGAGGGACCUAAGUCAAAUAUAACUUUCAGGAUGGAUCAUCCAGUCAUUCAUGUUUCUUGGAAUGACGCAUUCUCAUAUUGUAGUUGGUUGAAUAAAAGAUUACCAACGGAGGCAGAAUGGGAAGUUGCAUGUAGAGGAGGACUAUCAGACAGAUUAUUUCCUUGGGGAAAUAAAUUAACUCCUAAUAAAGAGUUUAGAGCAAAUAUUUGGCAAGGAGAAUUUCCACAUAAUAAUACACAAGAAGAUGGAUACCUUGGUACUGCUCCGAUUACCAAAUUUUUACCAAAUUCAUAUGGAUUACAUAACAUAGUUGGUAAUGUUUGGGAGUGGACGUCAGAUUGGUGGUUCACAAAGCAUACAAGUGAUCAAACAAAAAAUCCUAAAGGGCCACUUAGUGGUACAGACAGGGUAAAAAAAGGUGGUUCCUACUUAUGCCACAAAAGUUAUUGUUAUCGAUAUAGAUGUGCUGCACGUAGUCAAAAUACUCCUGAUACAUCUGCAGGAAAUCUUGGUUUUCGAUGCGUUAUGUCAGUAUAGCAUGUACACUAACGUUUUUCCAAGAAUAUUAUAUUUUAAUUAAAAACAUCUCAUAAUGUUCAACAUUGCUCUGAGGAUAAAGUUCAAAAAUACAGUUUCUUUGGAACUAAGUUUUUUCACUGAUUGUUGAUUUACGUAAUUUAAAAUAAUAUUUUAUUGUUUGUUAGACAUGUCAAAGCAAUGAAAAGUAAAAUAGAAACAAACUAGAAAAAAAAGACUAAGAUAAAUUAAACUAAAAAAAGCAAAUUCAAAAAAAUUAAAUUAAAAAGGAAAACAAACUCAAAACAACAAAGCUGAAAUUUAUUUAUAGAUUUCAGUUAGACAUAGAAAUUAUUCAUUCAUAUUUGAAAAUGUUCUAAUAAAUUUGUACUUUAGAAUCAAUCAUAAAUUGAUAAGUUUACAUUAAAAGUAACACAUACAAUACAUUAUAUUUGUAGUAUUAUAUUCGAUUAAAUCUAUAUUUGAA